AUGAAAAGACUCUCUGGAAGAAAGCCAGCGCCUUCCCUCGUCCCAGAAGAGGCAAAGGAAGAAGAGCUAAGAUGGCAGGAAAUGGAGGGGCUCUCUGGAUGGUUUACCUAUAAAAUGUCAAAAUACUUUUCGUUGGGGAUCUACCCCGUAAGCACAAGCAAAGUGCCAGGAAGAAGGCUGAAGGCAAGAAACAAGAUAAACCUGUCAAAGCUCGUAGGAAAAAUAGCAGUGCUAGACCUCGCUAACAUCACCAGAGUAAAAGGCGCGCUAAAUGAAGACUGUCUCAUAGACACCAUACGCAUUAAAAAUACAGAAGUGGAAGAAACCAUGUGGGAGCUGGUUAGAAAAGCAAAAACAGUAAUACUGCACGAUGUAGUUCUCAUAAGAUACAAACAAGAGUAUCUCAACAACGCAACAUCCAUUGACCUUCUGGGCAGCACAGUGAAUCAGGUGGGCAGUAGACUGAUGGAUCUUUUGAACAUAAAAAGAAAAAGAGUCAGAGUGGCAGACAAUCGAAUACUGAUCUUUUGGGAUGAGAAUAAGUGCAGCACCUGCGUGCUGAGAUACUUCGAUGUGUACAGAGUCAUCCAGCGCCUUCCUUCGAUCAGAGUUAUGCACUUUGACGGGAUAGAGAUAACUUUGGCGAUAAUAAAAGAGCUUAGGAGACAUCCCAUCACAACCAUCAAGAUGAUAGGAUGCAAAAUACACCCGCUGAAAGUGCACGAUCUGGUGGAUACCUGCAAAAAGACUCUUACAACGAUAGAGUUCAACAGAACAGCAGUAGCCCCAGCGACUGUAGAGUACUUGAGAACCAUAAACUUAACCGUCAUCAUCAAUAACUAG